GCACCUGCGCGCGCCGCCCUCCGCCCACCAGCCCCUGCCCGUCGACGCCGCCCCGGCCGUGGCCGUGAAGGAAGAUGUGGAGACAGGAGUCCACCUCGACCCUGCUGUCAAGGAAGUUCAGUAUAAUCCCACCUAUGACACCAUGUUUGCACCAGAGUUUGGGCCAGAAAACCCAUUUAGGACUCAACAGAUGGCUGCACCUAGGAAUAUGCUUUCUGGAUAUGCAGAACCAGCACACAUCAAUGAUUUCAUGUUUGAGCAGCAGAGAAGAACAUUUGUAACCUAUGGUUAUGCAUUGGAUCCCUCUAUAGAUAGUCCUGAAGUUGCCACUAAGUAUAUUGGUUCUGUAGAAGAAGCGGAAAAGAAUCAAGGUUUAACGGUGUUUGAAACAGGGCUAAAGAAAACAGAAAAGAGGAAGAAAUUCAAAGAGAAUGAUGCAUCUAAUAUUGAUGGCUUCUUGGGUCCAUGGGCAAAAUACGUGGAUGAAAAAGAAGUGGCCAAACCUUCAGAAGAAGAACAGAAGGAGUUGGAUGAAAUAACAGCAAAGAGACAGAAGAAAGGUAAACAGGAAGAUGAUAAGCCUGGAGAAGAAAAGACUAUAUUACACGUCAAAGAAAUGUACGACUACCAAGGGAGAUCAUAUCUUCAUGUUCCUCAAGAUGUUGGAGUUAACCUCCGUUCUACAGUACCACCUGAGAAAUGCUAUCUUCCAAAGAAACAAAUCCAUGUAUGGUCUGGACAUACAAAGGGUGUUAGUGCAGUCAGGUUAUUUCCACUCUCUGGCCAUAUGUUGCUGUCUUGCUCCAUGGACUGUAAAAUUAAGCUAUGGGAAGUAUAUGGUGAACGAAGAUGCCUACGAACAUUCAUUGGACACAGUAAAGCUGUUCGCGACAUCUGCUUUAACAACGCUGGGACUCAGUUUCUUAGUGCAGCAUAUGACCGUUAUAUUAAACUCUGGGACACUGAAACAGGGCAGUGUAUUUCCAGGUUCACAAACAGGAAAGUCCCUUACUGCGUGAAAUUCAAUCCUGAUGAAGAUAAACAAAAUCUUUUUGUGGCAGGAAUGUCUGAUAAGAAAAUUGUCCAGUGGGACAUUCGUAGUGGGGAGAUUGUACAGGAGUAUGAUCGGCAUCUCGGAGCUGUCAAUACCAUUGUGUUUGUGGAUGAGAAUAGACGGUUUGUGAGUACUUCUGAUGACAAGAGCUUAAGGGUGUGGGAAUGGGACAUUCCUGUAGACUUCAAGUAUAUAGCAGAGCCAAGUAUGCACUCGAUGCCUGCAGUGACUUUGUCUCCAAAUGGGAAAUGGCUGGCUUGUCAAUCAAUGGACAAUCAAAUUUUGAUUUUUGGAGCUCAGAAUAGAUUCCGACUAAACAAAAAGAAAAUCUUCAAGGGUCACAUGGUGGCUGGCUAUGCUUGUCAAGUGGAUUUUUCACCUGAUAUGAGCUAUGUAAUCUCAGGCGAUGCAGAUGGAAAACUUAACAUAUGGGACUGGAAGACGACAAAACUCUACAGCAGGUUAAAAGCACACGAUAAAGUUUGUAUAGGUGCAGUCUGGCACCCACAUGAAACAUCCAAGGUGAUCACAUGUGGCUGGGAUGGUCUUAUUAAAUUGUGGGACUGAAGAGGCACUGCAAGAAUCUGAAUGUGCUACUUGGGCUUUGUGACAAGGAUGGUUUGAGAAUUGAACUUGCAGCUGCCUUCAGCCUCUUCACUCUUAAAGUACAUGUAUACACUCUGGAAAGUGGCUGAUUGAUCAACUGCAUCUUCAAGUGCAACUUCAAGGUGUGGGAAGGAGUGACCAGUCUCAUGAAGUGGCCAAAAGCAAAUAAUUUGAUCAUUUGCUUUUUAUUUGAUAGCUUUUUGAAAUUUAGUUUGAUUUGGGUGCCAUACAGGUGUGUGGAGUGGAAAUAGAAAACCAGCAGCUUUGUUAUAUAUUUGUGAUCUCAGAAUAGUCUUUGAUCUAUGCCACAGUGCAUCUUGAAAAUGUACCUGUUACACACUUUGGCAGUAUUUUGUGGUUCCUAAGCUUUUUCUGACUUAAGAGUUUACAGCCACUUACUAAGAUACAUCAUAGAAAUGAAGAGCUGAUAAAAAGUUUUAGAAUACCUGUCCUAUUUACAAACUAUUCACUGCAUACUCUGUUAAUUUAAAUCCAGCCUCCACAUUCUUACAUUUGUAUCUUGAAUUAAAUGCAUACAUCAUGCUGAUAACUGAAGUUCAUCUGUGUAACCCUCUUUCGGUGUUUCCUUUAUAAUAGCGAACCAAGAAAAAAACAAAAAAAUUGUCAUGCUUUUCUAGGCCAUAUUUAAAAAGAAACUACCAGUUCAAUGUCCCUGCUCAUGCUCUUGUACAUGGGGCACUUCAAUACACACAGUUUUUUGUUAUCGAGUUUCUGCAAAGCUGUAUAUAUGCAUCACAAUUUUUUGUCUUUUUAAAGAACUUAUUUUUAAUAAAUCUUUUGUAUAUAGUCUCA